AUGAAGGAAUCUACACAGUAUAGUUUAUAUAAUGACAAUAAGAAAAAAAAUAGCACCACAAUGUCUAGAUCAUGUGUUAUAUAUGAAUAUCCAAAGGGAGGGGAACUGUUUGAAUACUUAUUCUAAACAGGAAAAUUUCAUGAAGCACAAGCCAGACACUAUUUUAAAUAACUUGUUGAUGGAUUGAUCUCAAUUCAUAAGUAAGGAAUAUAUCAUGGAGAGUUGACAGCAGAAGUCAUUUUUUUUACUGAUGCUAAAACCAUUAAAAUUGGAGAGUUAGGACUGAAUUAGAUAAGAAAAAAAAAAUAUUGUAAAAACAAUCUUAAACAGUAUAUAGCUUUUGAGUCUCCAUCAUGGGCUAAGGAGAACAACAAUUAUGAAUAAAGCAAAGAUAUAUUUGCACUAGGAAUGAUCUUGUUUAUAUUGAUGGUUGGAAGACCUAUAUUCUCCAACACUGAGAAGACAAAUCCAAAUUUUUCAGGAUUUCAAACUGCACCCCAAGCAAUCUGGAAACUAAUGUAAAUCGAUAAUCAAAAUGUUGCUUUCACUGAUGACUUUAAGGACCUUAUACAAGGAAUGUUGACAGAUAGUCCAAAAAAUAGACUCUCCUUAAGUGAAGUUUAUAAUCACCCAUGGACUUAGUGUAAUUCUGAAUUCACAGAAGAGAUGGUUAGAGAGUUUUCUUCAAAGUAAAAAAAGAUUGAAUAAUGCAUUAUAAAAGAAACCUUAACUCGCUAAAUUAAUAAAGGGAAAAAUAUUAUCAGCAAUGAUAAAUCAAUAUUAUAAGGAGGAUUGGGGUAGUUUAGAUCAGAUUCAGAUGAAUAAGAAAAUUAGGAGAUAGAGUAAAUUUAGAAUAUUUCUAUAAAAUUAAUACCUGUUGAUUUAAUAAGAUCUGAUAGUUAUUUAAUCAGUAUAAAUCCAAAUUUAUUCAUGGAUUUGCUAAAAAAAUAAUUAGAGGAUAAUGAAUAUAAUUUAAAAAUCUAGAAAGAAUCAGAAAAAUAUGAGUUUAGUUUAAUAAUUGAAAGUGAAACACCAACAAUUCUGAAAGCUGAAAUAGCACAAUUAGAAACCAGGAAGAAUAUUAUAUGCGUGAACUUUAAGAGGUAGAAAGGAGAUUACUUUGACUAUAUUGAAAAAAUAAAAAGAUUUCAUGAAUUAAUUGACAAAAUUAAGUCAGAAUAGGAAACCAAAGAAAAAGAGAAAGGUAUUUGA